GCACUGCCCAUCCGCUCAGUAUCUGGUGGCCGACAUACUGCCUCCUGUCCUGAUUAUAGAGCUCCUACUGGGCCUGCCAGGCAAUGUAGUGGCCCUGUGGAUCUUCACUUGCCGUCUGAAGACCUGCCCCUGCUGCUCCUGCUGUUCUGCUCAGCCAGGAUUGCCUGCAUCCUGCGCCAACGUCAGCUGGACAAGGGGAAGAAGGUGCGGCGGGCCAUCCGGGUGGUGGGGCUAAUUGUGGCUAUGUUUGUGCUGUGUUUCUUUCCCGGAAUCGCGACAGGCAUGGUUUCGCUCUACAUCAAGCAGUCCAGACCCUGGGACUGUGACUCUUACCAAAUGGCAGGUGAGCUCUUCAGCUUGUCCAUUGGCUUCACAUACCUUAACAGCACCCUGGAUCCGGUCAUCUACUGCUUUUCCAGCUCCAUGUUCAGAAACUCCCUGAAGAGCUCCAUCAAUAAGCUGGGCCUGGUGGAGAUGAGGCUGAGCCGACGGGGAAGCAUGGCCAGCGAUGGGUGAGGGGAGAUGGGGUGAGGGAGGCAACUCUGGCCCUUUCUUCCAAAGACAGGCCCCACCUUUUAGAAGGCCUUAAUAAGGAGAACAGACUCAUGACAGAGAAUUGAAUGGAGACUAGACAGUGGAAUUUUACAGCUGUAAUUAACAAGCCGUAUGUUAUGUUCAGAAACAUUUCGUAGCUAUGUGGGAUACAUACUUGAAAUGGCUGAAUUCCAGUGAUAGAAGAAUUUGGUAAUGACUAAUUAUUAAUGACUAAUUAUUACACCGUGAAACUGUGUGAAAGGUGUUAGAAUCAUAAGACUAAAAUCUGAUAAUAUGUGUAACUUAGUUAGAAGUACAAUGAGGCAGUCAGAAUAUUGUGAGAUCAGCGAUAACUAAAAAAUGCAGCCUGCCCGAACAAGGAGUAGACUAUGAUAAGAACAUGUGUGUGUGUGUGUGUGUGUGUGUGUGUG